AUGCAUCGUGCCAUCUUCAAGCUCCCACUGCUCCUUUCCGCUGUGGCUCUGGCCAGGCCUCAGACGGCGACAGAUACCAGCGCGUUGAGCGGGUUGCCGGCUUGCGCGCAAGAUGCGGCCAACGCUGCCUUGGCCUCGUCGGGUUGUUCUGUGAACGACCAGAACUGCGUCUGCAGCUCGACCCCAUUCAUCAACGCCAUCACCACUGCAGUCACGCAGACUUGCGACGCUGCCGAUGUUCAAGCGGCUCUGGAAUUCAGCCAGACCUUCUGCGGCGCCGCCCUCGGUGCUGCUAAUGGAGGCUCCUCGUCCAGCAGCGCGGCUCCGACCACCACGGAUGCAGGAGACGCAGCUGCCGCGAGCACCUCCCCGACCUCCGCUGCCACCGACAGCAGCGAUGCCUCGACCACCACUGUCCCAGGCACAUUGACUUCGAUGACCAGCGUCGCCGGCGCCACGGACAGCAUGACCACCUCUGCCGCGACGACUGACCUGUCGAGCGCGAUCGGGUCGCUCUCCGGCACCACCGUGAUCUCCACGGGCGAAUGCACCUCCACGACGACGACGAUGAUGACCACCCUGGCGUCCACGCCCACAAUGGCCUACAACGCGACCUAUACCGGCGCCGCAGUCAAGAACGCAGGUUCCGGCAUGAUGGCCGCCGUCAUGGGUGUGGCUGGGGCGGUGGCUUUGUUGUGA